UUGACUAACCACCCGGCCACAUACAGAUGCAGAUGCACUGCAGAUCGUCUCUGUGAUCUCUCAGGAUGGACACCUACACAGAGAAUGCAUCUUAUGAUUACUACUAUGAUUUUUUUAAUGUCACAGAGGAUUGCUCUGGCUCCCGCCUGCAUGGCUCCAACAUCUUCCUGCCCAUAUUGUAUUUCCUCAUAUUUUUUACAGGCUUUCUGGGCAACCUCUUUGUUAUCUCAGUCGUGGGCAGUAAAGGUAGAAGAGGUGGGCGUCUGGUGGACACUUUUAUUAUCAACCUGGCCCUGGCCGACCUCGUCUUUGUCCUCACGCUGCCUCUGUGGGCCAUCUCUGCAAGCCAGAGUGGCUACUGGGACUUUGGGAGAAUUGGGGACCUGCUGUGUAAACUGAGCAGCUACAUUAUAGCUGUGAAUCGCUUCUCCAACAUCUUUUUUCUCACCUGCAUGAGUGUCGAUCGUUAUCUGGCUGUGGUGAAGCUGAUGGACUCAAGGUACCUCAGGAGCAGCAGGUGCAUCCGUGUCACUUGUGCUGCCGUGUGGUUGAGCUCGCUGGUGCUUGGCAUCCCAUCCCUGGUGUACCGCAGAGUGGAGCUGUCCGGUGAUGGACUGUCCUGCGUGGAAGAUAACAACUCAAGUUUUUUUCUUGGCCUGAGCCUCACCAUGGCGUUCCUCACCUUUGUCUUCCCAGUGUUAAUCAUCGUGCUCUGUUACAGCACCAUCGUGGUGCAUCUCAACCACCACUGUUCUGCAAAUCCUCGAGCUGAAGCCCGUCGCAGACACUCCUUCAAGAUGGUCCUCUCCAUCAUAGUGGCCUUUGUGGUGUCCUGGCUCCCCUUCAACGUCUUCAAAGUCAUUAUAAUCAGCUCACAUCUCUUAAACGCUGAUCUGAGUUGUGAUGCUCAGACAUGGCAAAGAGACGGGCUCCUCGUCUCGUGCUGCCUGGCCUUCUUCAACAGCUGUGUGAAUCCGGCCAUUUACUUUUUCCUGGACCAUCACUUCAGACGACGGGCCAAGCUCCUGUACAAGAGCUGCAUAGGGCAGCCAAAUUUGCAGUGGAGUCGCAACUCCUCAGCCUCAUUCACCAACGGUGGCACUUCAGAGAGCUUUGGAACAGGUGGUGGGAGAACCCAGCUGCAGGUGGUUGAGUUGGAGAAGACAUAA